CAAAACAGUUGCCAAUUAGAUUGCAAAGAGCGCGGAGCUAACAAACCACAAAUCACAAAACCAAUCACAACUAUCUUUCUCUCUCUCUCUCUCUCGUUCCUAAACUGCACUCGUGUGAACGCUUUGUUUUUAUUGUGUUGUUUUUUUUUUGGUGCUUCGUGUACACAAAAUGCAGCGAGUGAUUCUCUCGUUACUUUUGCUGAGCGCUUGCGCACUCGCUGCCCCAACGCAGCAGCAGGAUUCGCAGUCGUCGUUGCCGUCGCAGCCACAAUCGCAGCGCGCCACCGAUCUGAUCUACACGCCGAUCAAGCCUGUCACGGAUGAGGAUCGAUUCACGACACGCAAGCCGGACAUUAAGCUGACCGCUCUCAAGAAAGUGAAGCAUGCCAAGGGUAACAUUGUAUUCAGUUCUGGCGAGCGUAUAUCAGGCGAUAAGCUGUUGGUAAACAACUAUGAUGACGAGAGCUUCACUACAGCCGAGGAUAUUGAGGUGGAGAUGACAUAUAAAGGCAAUGCCAUCACCUUAACCAGCAUCGAGAUCUAUGUGGACACAACGGCCGACGAUGCCAGCGCCUAUUUCACGGCCGGAGGCAUUGGCAAGAGCGAGGCAUCCAUACUGUUGGCGUGCAACCAGACGCGCACCUUCUCAUAUGAAGUCUUCUUCUAUGGUUACUAAACUAGAGAGCAAAUUGAGAGCAAAUAAAACAGCAUCAUCAACUUGGAA